AUGCCAUCAUCAUCAAAGAUAAAGCUGGAUCAAAAGCUGAAUAGCUACAUAAGACUUGGACCCACAGACAAAACUAGGGAGUUCCUCCGUGAAUUCUUCAAGGUCCUUCCUCCUAAUGGAAAAAGAAAUCUCGCUGGUGAUCUUUCAGGGUGUGCAAACGAUGAGAAGCUUCGGCAACUGGUCCAAAGCAUCAGGACUGGUUUAUUGAUUCCUUUGAAAGCACAAGGUGGCAAAACACCCAAUGAAUUCUCUCUAUCCCCAUGGUUAGGCGUUAAAGAUUCAAUCGAUUAUCUCAAGAGCCCAAACAUCAAGCCCAUCAGCAGAAGCUCUCAGUGGCACCUCUGGCACCGCUGUUUAGAAAGAGAUGGCAACAAAUGUGUUGCCACAGGGGUGUACAGUCAUGGUCACGCCCAUCCACCGAAGGCAUUGACGUCCCAUCUUGAAGCAGCCCACAUUAUUCCAUUUGCACUUAGAUCCUUUCAGGCCAAUGACAGUGAAGCAGUGGACAGAUAUCCAAAGAUUUGGGUGAAUCUAAGGCGCUACUUUCCAGUUCUUCGCAGUAUGGCCUUUACCUCAGACCAGAUCGAUUCGGAGAAGAACAUCCUGAUGCUAGACAUGUCGCUUCACAGGGAAUUCGGACAAUUCGCACUCAUUUUUGAAGCAACCAGCAUUGCUCACGAAUAUCGAAUCAAGACCUUUCCAAAUUGCCCCACAGGGCCGUUACGAGACUUGCCUAAAAAUCGGCUUGUCAAGUUCAGAGUUCACAAAGGAAGUCGGGAACUUCCAGAUCCUAAACUUCUCAAAAUCCACGCUUGUAUUGGAAACUUUCUACAUACGAGUGGCCAGGCGGAGAUAAUCGACAAGCUCCUGCAAGAUUUUGAAGACUGUGGUGGGCUUGCCCCGAGUGGAAGCACCAACCUGGAAGACCUUCUUGCAGCGAGCGGCCUCUCAUCACUACCCUCGAACUUCAACGAAGCAUCCGAUUCCCAAAAGUAUACAAAGAAGCAACAUCCUACGGAGACUCAAGGAAGCCAGCAGACGGGCGAAAUUUCUUGA